AUGGAGGCUUCAAAUUCUAUUGAAACUCAGGAGCAUCUCGAACCCAUUAUCUACAUUUGCGCCGGUCUGAAGCAGCAAGUCGAGAAGUUUCUCACGUGCGAUGACGAUGGCCUGCUUGGUCUUUACGACGAGUACGUGCAGUUCAAGGCGCUGUUGACGCAACUGCUCUCAACAGUGGCGCGUUACAGGAUACAACUCAGUAGCACCGAUGCAACGAAGGUCUUUUGGGGCCCGAAGACGCGCCUGAUAAUCGAGACGCUAGUGCGGCACUACGACAAGGUCUACGAAAUCGAUGAGGAGCAGUUGGCACCCCGUUUCGCAGAGGUUGAGCGAGUGAAUGAGCUCUUGUCAAAACAGGCAACCGAGGAUGCGGAUGAAGACGAGGGUGAAGAAAUUUCCAUCCUUGAGGAGACCAAGGAGGACCUCAAACGCAUACAGCAGGUCAAGGAGCAGCUCAAGAACAAACCCGGAUUCCUCCAAGCCAACCUAAGCGACAUCCCAAAUCAAGAUGCAGCAGUGGCCAACGCGUUUUACUGUGUGCAGCAGGUGUAUAAAAACGACCCCGCCGUGUCACUUGAAGAUAUACUUGCCAAACUCUACAAGGACGACUCCGACAAUUUCCUGCUCGUUCUGGGAAACGUCUCGAACCUAAUCUCGCAAAUUGCCAAGCACCCAGACGAGCUCCAACUGCGUCUGCUCCGCGUGAAUAAUGAACAACUUUACGAGGAUAUAAUUAGACACCCGGGGGCCGUGGCCCUGCUGAAGUACACCCGCUUCAAAAUAAAGCACGGCGAGGAACUCAAGGACGCACUUACACAGCUUGGUUUCACCGACAUGUCUGAUGAGUAUUUUCUCUAUCUCAACGAGCCCGAUAUGUUUGGUGACUACGGAGCCUGGAAGGAAUGGAUCGACUUCGUAGGCUCCACAAGUCGCCUCCUCGAGAACUUCACGGCUGCGUAUAAGUCCUUACUUCGAACGAAGCGGUCGGAAGCAGUAGACACGGUGGCGGAGGCCAUGUCGCAAUCUAGGGUUGCUAUAGGGGAGGUGCCCUAG